UGAUCAUCACAUUAAUUUGAAUAAUCAAAAUUUUCCUGUCUAUGUGAGUCAAGAGUUGACGAAGCUCGCGCAUGGAUUACUGCCUGAGAAUUCCUCCAGCUCCCCUGGUAUUCAGAAAACAGUAGGCCUUCUACUUUAAGUUUGAACAACAGAGAAGAAGAUAUUCUAAUCUAAUCUACACUAUCGAGCUUCCCAAUUUGGUAAAAACCAUUGACCAUUGGCACAUUCUCUCAACGUGGGCCGACACCUUAUCAACAUAUAUAACAACAUAAUCCAAAUUCUCAUCACCCCCCAGUACAGAUUCAACAUAAAACUCACCGAUUCUUUUCCAAUGGCACCCACCAUCACGCUCUCUCCUACCGCUUCUCUCCUCCCGUGUCCAUCUGCUUCAUCUUCUUGUUCCACGAAGAUCCACUUGCGUUUUUCAUCAUCUAGAACAAUCGGUCUUGUUCAAGCGAAGAAGUUUAGAAAUUACAAUUGCACGCCAGUAAUUCAGUCGGCGGUUUCAAUCGAGAAGGAAACCCCUGAGACCGAGCGCCCGGACACAUUUCUCAGAGAAUCUGAUGGUGACGCCGCCGCCCUGUCUUCCUCUGCUUCUCAUUCUUCGAUAAGGUCCCGCUUCGAGAAGAUGAUAAGGGAUGCCCAGGACAGCGUCUGUCAGGCCAUAGAGGAUGUUGAAGGAGGGAGUAAGUUCAAGGAGGACGUGUGGUCGAGGCCCGGCGGUGGUGGCGGCAUCAGCAGAGUCUUGCAAGACGGUGCCGUUUGGGAGAAGGCCGGCGUCAAUGUCUCCGUCGUUUGUGUUAUGCCGCCGAAGCUUAUAGGGCUGCCAAGCUGCUUCUCCGAUGUGAAACCAGGUCCUAUUCCUUUUUUCGCCGCCGGUAUCAGCUCGGUCCUGCAUCCGAAGAAUCCAUUUGCACCAACUCUGCAUUUUAAUUAUCGCUAUUUUGAGACUGAUGUGCCAAAAGAUGCUCCUGGAUCACCAAGGCAAUGGUGGUUUGGUGGUGGGACAGAUUUGACCCCUGCUUAUAUCUUUGAGGAGGAUGUCAAACACUUUCAUUCGGUUCAAAAAAAGGCAUGUGACAAAUUUGAUCCUACAUUUUAUCCCCGUUUCAAGAAAUGGUGUGAUGAUUACUUCUAUAUUAAGCACCGAGGUGAGAGGCGAGGACUUGGGGGAAUAUUUUUUGAUGAUCUAAAUGAUUGUGGUCAGGAGAUGCUUCUGGCGUUUGCCACUGAGUGUGCAAAUUCUGUUGUUCCUGCUUACAUACCAAUCAUUGAGAAAAGAAAAGACACGCCAUUUACUGAUCAGCAUAAACAAUGGCAACAAUUGCGAAGAGGGCGCUAUGUGGAAUUCAACUUGGUUUACGAUCGAGGUACAACAUUUGGUUUGAAGACAGGGGGCCGAAUUGAGAGCAUUCUUGUUUCUCUUCCGCUAACUUCACGAUGGGAAUAUGACCACAAACCUGAGGAAGGAAGCGAAGAGUGGAAACUGCUAGAUGCUUGUAUCAACCCGAAGGAAUGGAUCUAAAAGUUUUUGUAGGACGAACUUGAAUCUUGUAUUCACUUUUGUCUGAGAAAAAAGAAGAAAAUAUUGCAUAUCAUCUAGUUUUCCAUUUCUUUUUUCUUUUUUUCGCGCCUUCUUCCUCCGAAAUGUUUUCGCUCUUAGCUGUUGCUAGUCCUUUUAGAUCCAGGUGCAUUGUGUUAAGCACUGGAGAGAAUAGAAGAGUUUGUAUUUGUAAAUUUGAAGGACUAAUUUAGUUGCAAUGUUGUUUCAUUAUUUACUUAAUUAUGAGAUUAUAACAUUAAUUAAGGUAGUUAAACACUUAA